UUCUUAUACUGUGGGUCUUGUCCACUUGCUUUGAGAUCGGUUACUCGCAUCUUCCCGUCAUACCCUUUUCAUUGAUGCUAUAUAUUAUCCUUGUCUCAAGGAUGAUGGCUAAUGAUAAUCUGCACGCGUUUUCUUCUUAUACCCUCUGUUAUACCCGGUCAGUUAUGUGUCUUUGUUGUGCGUUUUUCAUAUGUCCAUGAUAGAGGGACGGUCAGAUGGUAUGGCGGUGAAUGUUUCGUUCUGUUGGUCGGCGUAUUACAACAGUCCAUGUUACAGUUAUCAUUCUUCCGUGUCUUUUACUUUCUUAGCAUCGGGAAACUUUCUAUCUGCACUUCCCCACUUUCUGCGACACCCCACUGCUGUUACAUUUUUGGGUACCCAUCACUAUUACUCCUGGCUUUACAUUUUCUUCAUUACUUACACAUGGAACCACACCCCUCUUGUCCAGUUGCUGCUAUCGUGAUACUCUCGAUGCUGUCUUUAUGCUUAUGCAGACCCAACACGGUUGCACACUAGGGGGCUAUAAUUUGACAAACCCUCGACAACCACCUUGUUCCUUG